ACGAAACGGACAGAAAUACGCAUCCCUGGAGAAACGAUGCCCUCGACCAUCAAACUGUACACGGCUAAGUUAAGCCCACCGGGUCGAUCGGUGGAGCUGACGGCAAAGGCACUUGGGCUCGAGCUUGAGAUCGUCCCGAUUAAUCUGUUGGCGGGUGACCAUCUGAAGGAGGACUUCGUGAAGUUGAACCCCCAGCACACGAUUCCGUUGAUCGAUGACAACGGUACGAUCGUACGGGAUAGCCACGCGAUCAUCGUCUAUCUGGUGACAAAGUAUGGCAAAGAUGAUAGUUUGUAUCCGACCGACGUGGUGACUCGUUCCAAGGUCAAUGCGGCGUUGCACUUCGAUUCGGGCGUACUGUUCGCCAGAGCGAGAUUUUGUGUGGAAUCUGUACUGUACUACAAAAGUGCGGAGGUAUCUCAGGAGAAGAUUGACAAUGUCUACCGUGCGUAUCAGCUGCUGAAUGACACUCUCAUCGAUGAUUACAUUGUGGGCAAUCGGAUGACACUGGCCGAUCUGAGCUGUAUCGCUACCAUUUCUUCGAUGCAUGCCAUGUAUCCGAUCGAUGGAGCCAAACACCCGAAGCUGAUCGCUUGGGUAGAGCGUCUCGCAAAGUUGCCAUACUACAAGGUUACCAACCAGGAAGGUGCCGAGGAACUAGCUCAGUUGUAUCGUGCAAAGUUGGAGGAAAAUCGAGCGAAUGCUCAGUAACAUGGAGUCAAUUAGGAAAAAUCUUCAUCAGCACAACUUAAAUGAUUGUGAUGUUGAAAUCGAAUAAAGCUUUUUA